AUGCCACGCAGAAAAGUUAUUGUAAGUCGCAAGUUGAGCGCCAAGAAACGGAAGACAUGGGAUGUAGACCAUAUGAAAAGGGCUGUUCGAGCGGUAAGAGAAAAAAAGAUGGGAGCUCUAAAGGCAGCUAAAACUUUUGGCGUUUCAAGGACUACAGUUCAGCGAUUGGCCAAAAUGGACCAUCUUAGCGUAGAGGAGGCUGUUCAGAUCAAAUUAGGGCGAGGUACAGUUUUGACUCCAGAAUUGGAAGAACCAUUAGUUCGCUAUAUCCUUGUAAUGGAAUCCAAGUUUUAUGGUUUCACCCGCAAAGACGUUAAACAAGUGGACUUUCUUGCAGCCGAAAUAGAAAAAGGAAAAGAACACUGUACCGCUGAAAAUGACUUCGCUGAGAGUACACCAGGCACAUCUCAAUCAGAUCUAGAGCCUCCUAGUCUAGACAACGUUCCACCUGGGCCAUGUGCUACUCAAUCGCGACUGCGCUCAACCUGGACCAUCUGGAAUCCAAAAAAAAUUGUGACCCCCUUUGAUAUUUCACCAGUUCCGACCUUAAAAAAGAAAACAACUAAUAGGGGUAGAAAAGCAUCACAAGCAGCGGUAAUUACUUCGUCCCCUUACAAAGACGAAUUAUUGUUGAGCAUUGCCAAUAAAACUAAACACGAGAUUAAAUCUGUUAAGAAAAAGGUGUUUUCUCAAUCAACCAAAAAUACAUCGUCCAUAACUUCAAAGGAGAAUAAAAAGCAGCGAUCUUUAGGAGAAUCUGAAAGUGAUGACGACGAAACAGAGCUGGUGUUAGCAGAUGAUGACUUAGAUAUGGAUGAUAUGCCUGGACAAAAGGAACCAGAUGAUUUAGAUGCUAAAUGCAUCUUUUGUGAAAGCAGAUUUUCCGAAGACCGCAAAGGAGAACUGUAG